GAGGCAGAUCGACGUCCCGCUGGGCCAAGCGAAGAACUUGUUAGCUGCUGUCGCCGAGCUGCGGAGCAUGCAACGAGGAGCCCAGCGACAUGCCACGUGGUCCACAGGCGACCCGCCACCGCCGCCGCCAGGACCGGCACCGCCUGCCGCACCACCUGCCACGGAGGCUUGCAAGGUCGUCUUGCUGAUGGGACCUCCUGGCAGCGGGAAGUCUACCCUCGGAGAUGCGCUGGCGAACAGGUUCCACGCUGUACAUAUCGAUCUUGGGCGCACCAUGCGCAGUGACCCAGAUGAGAUCAAAUCUCCUCAGGCUAUGAUGAUGAAUGCAAUUCUGGCCGAGAUGGAGGUAGGCCAGCAGAAGCUGGAAGCUGGCGACGGACCGCACCUCGUGUUUGUCAACGGCUUCCCACGUAAAGAUGAUGGCUACCACUUCUGGAAUGGCCUGGAUGCAGUUCCCAAGCCUUCACUCUGCCUCGUCCUGGAAGCACCGGAUGACGUGCUCCGGGCACGCGCAGAACAGCGUAGCCGGGUGCCACACGACCUCGAGGAGAAGUUCGACGACAGACUGGAAUAUUUCCGCAAGGAGACAGCCAAGGUCGUCAACAACUUCCAUGACACCGGCCGCACACGCUACAUCGAUGCCACCGGCUCCCCGUCCCUGAUGGAGAGCGCGGCAGCGCGGCACAUGAGGCCCACUUUGGUCUUCGCCUGCGGGAAGCCCGAACUGUUGGAGGCCCUUUCUGGGAGCCUUGCGGAGCCGCGGCUUCGCAUCCCGGAGGUUUGCCUUCCUUCUGCGACAUCCGAGCAGGCAGAGCGGAGAUGGCGAGCGAAGCAGAUUGAAGGAGAUGAGACCAUCGAAGGCAAAGUCAAAGGAUACCUCGGGCAACUGGUGCUGGUGGAAGGCUUUCCGCGAACUGAUGCAGAUAUGCAGGCUUGGACAGGCAUUGAGCCCGCGCCACUGCUGACUUUGGACUUCGAUUCGGGCCUCCAUCUCUCCGGCAGCUUUGUGCGGAGCUUUUCCGAUGCAUCAGCAUCGACUGUCGAGGCGGUCACCAAGCUACUGCGGAGCUGCCAGCCGCUCCAUGCAGCCGUACCUGAGGCCUCUGUGCUGCUCCUAAAGCACUGGCUCGGCGCUGCCCGAUACACGAAGAAGUGGUGGGAUCCUGCGACCUUCGAGGCUUCGAAGACGACAUACUUGGCCUACAUGAAGAGCCAGGUGUCCGCGCACAACACCUACGAUCCGAGCUACUAUAUUCGCCCUUCGUCGAGCCCUCCACUGAAAGCCUGGCUUUGCUGGCUCGCGCAUCUGCUCUACGCCGAGCCGUACCAGAACUUCUGCACGACGGUGCUAAAGCGCUCUGUCGGGCCAUUGGCGCCUCCAAGCUCGGCCGGCUACACGAAGGCAGGUCGCGCGCCCUUCACCGAGUCGGAUGUUCAGGCUCAGCGAGGUACCAAAAGUAAAGUGGCCGUGCCAUCGGAUGCGCUGGCUGGUGUUCCCCUCGCAUUUGUCGAUGGCCUGGCAGCCUUGGAGGCAGCUGGAUUGGCACCGCUGAGCGACCCCAGGGCAUUGAUCUUCGGCAUGGAGCAGGAUGGUGCCAAUGCUGCAUCUCGCAUCAUGGAACUGCUCGGUCUGUACUAUCGUCGCUUCCUGAUCGUCAUGGGCGAAGCAGGGCCAGAAAGCAAAGCCGGACCUUCGCCAGAGAUCGACUGGAUCUGGCAUGCUCACACGACGCAUGCUAUGAUCUACGGCGAUGAUUGCCGACACUUGUUCGGACACGUGAUUCCGCAUGUGCCGUGCAAGCCUUCGCAGUCCUCGCAGAAGCCCGCAGUGCCCGCAGUGCCUGACUCGGGCCAGCUGGCGAUGUCAGAGCUCACGAGGACGCUUCAGGAGGACCUGAUGGCCUUCGCAGCCGAAGGCUCCGAGCAGCUGGCAACGGCCUCCUCCUGGCCUUUCCGCCGGGAUCCGGCCGAGGAGGACGAUGUGAUCACUCUGGGCUGUUUCAUCUCUGGUGGGGAUCGCUCCUGGCUCUCCGAGCGCCUAAGAAGCGUUGGUGGCACCCUUGGCCAGGCUUUGUGGCAUAGCAUGCAAGCUCCGGAAGACUGGAGCUGUCCAAAUCCGUCCACCUCGUCCAUGCUACGAGACCCUGAUCUUGUGGAGGUGAUUGUCCGACUUCUCUCCGGUGAGACGCUCCUGGAGAAAGUGAUGGCCAAGGACACGAAGAUCCUGGACAUUGAGGUCCUUCUGCGUGAGAAAGGCGAGAAAGAAGACCUGAAGUUCUUCGUUGACGGAGAGGAGCUGGCGCGAACGCGGCUUCUGGCCGAGACUGCAGUCAUGGAAGGCAGUGUCAUCA